CAUUUGUUUUUUGACUGCGUUGCGUUUACGUUAGAAUCCCACGUUGCAUUUUUUUUUAUUCUAAAAAAAAUUGUUGAACACAUACUUUUCGAAAAUGGGCAACAAUGGAGAGAUAUUGAUCUGCUUCAAGUUUAAGACUUCACGCAAUCCCAAGCACUUGAAGCUUCUGAAGAAGGUCAGGGUCACUGAUGUGUCCUCUUUCAAGUAUCUGAAGAAUCAAAGGGAGUUCGGCGAUGUGACCUUGGAAUGCUGCUCUGACCAGCGGAAACUCAAAGCCCACAGAAUUGUGUUGACCACGUGUUCGGCACAUUUCGUUCGGACUUUUGAGAACAUCAACUCAGAUCACACCAUGGUCCUCGUGAAGAAGGAAGUUUCCAGCAAAGAUUUAGAGCUGCUUCUUGACUAUAUGUACACCGGCGAAAUCCGUAUUUCACAGGACAAGCUUGCUGGCUUUCUCAAGACGGCGGAAUAUUUCAAGGUCAAGGGAUUUACCCCACCGGAUGAAGGGCCGAAGCAGAACUGA